CGCGAGCGACGCGCGAGCGAGCGACGACGCGCGCGCGAGCGACGGCGACGACGGCGGUGACGACGGCGACGCGGACGCCGGCGCGACGGGACCGAGGCGCGCGCGGGAUCGCUCGCGGCGAAGCGCGCGCGGGGCACGUCGUCGCGCGACGGGACGAUGCGAGACCGCGUGGGGAAGUUUCUGUGCGUCGUGCCGCCGAAAACGCUGCGGGUGAAUCGGGAGACGGGAUCGGCGGCGCGCGAGGGCGGUGAGGACGCGCUGGAGGACGCGCUGAACGCGCUGGAGUUUAAAAAGUCGAGCAGCGCGCUGGACGGGGGCGGCGUGGCGAUAAGCGUCGGGCCGGGGAUACAGGCGUUCACGGAUAACGAGCUCAUCGUGUCGUUCGUGGGACACCUGACGAAUGUUGAUUACUUGGCGUGGCGGUUGUUCUCGGACGAGGGACGACGAGGGGAUACCGCGCCGUCGGCGCUCGAGGCGGCGAGGCAGCUCGUCGGCGGACGGUGCUACGAAGCUGAGCUGGUGUGUCACUUGUAUAAGACGUUCGGCACCAAGGCGCUGCCGAAACUUCGCGGAAGGUUUGCGUUCGUCGUGUUUGACUCCAAGAGCGUGCGCGUGUUCGCGGCUCGAGACGUGAGCGGAGAGUACGAGUUGAAGUACACUCGCGACGACGACGGCACCGUAAUCGUCGCCAACUUUGACGGCGCGAGCGAGCUACUACCGAGCAAGCGCUCGAUGAGCGAAGUGCCCCCUGGGUGUUACAUUUACGGGCAUCGAAGCAUCAGUCCGAAUCGUUUCGCGAAGACGAUCGCGGAGAAGAGUUCAGAGCUCGCCGCCGCCGCCGCCGCCGCCGAGCGCGCGCUUCGUGGACUCAACGUAAAGUCGCGCCGCUCUCUCAACGUCACGGCUCGCUUGAGCGUCGACGGACGAUCGUCCGUGGAUUUCGAGCGCGAAGAAGUGCUCUGCGACGAUCGAAAACGCGCACUCGAGGAUUUGGAUGGUGGACACGAAUACGAAUCCCACGAACGCGCUCAAGAAGUCGAGGAGAGCGAACCCGGUACCGAAGACGAUCACAGGCAGGCGGAAGCGGUGGCCAUCAAGACCGCGCACGCCGCGAUCAAACGCAUCGCUAGUGGCGUCAAUAUGACUGGUAUGGUGCGCAUGGAUGGUGCCAACGCGCUCGCAGCCGUGGGUAUGGGCAAAGCUGAGCACCUUCAGCGAGAUUUUGCGCUGGAUCGCGUGCCGAGCCGUACGGGUUUGCUGAGUGAUAUGGUCAAGGUUGCCUCGUUCGGUGACCUUAAGAACGCGAGAAAAGGAAGUCUUACUGAUUUAGUACACGCUGGUGUGUCUUCGCCGAAGAAGGGUGGCUUGAGCAAGUCAGACCGACGCGGAUCGUGGACGGACUUGACGCUUCUCGUCGCGUCCGGCGAGACGGCCCCCGAGGAAAAAAAUGGUGAAACAUGAGAGGAGGCACGUGCAACUAAUACAU